AUGGUCAUGUCUCAGGUCUCAGCAUACAAGACAGUAUCAGGAGUUAAUGGUCCACUAGUGAUCUUAGAUCAUGUUAAGUUUCCCAGAUAUGCUGAGAUUGUGCACUUAACACUACCUGAUGGCACGAAGAGGAGUGGGCAAGUUCUAGAAGUUAGUGGUUCCAAAGCAGUGGUUCAGGUAUUUGAAGGGACUUCAGGUAUAGAUGCCAAGAAGACAUCCUGUGAGUUUACUGGGGAUAUUCUCCGAACGCCAGUGUCUGAGGAUAUGCUUGGUCGGGUAUUCAAUGGAUCAGGAAAACCCAUCGACAGAGGUCCUGUUGUACUGGCUGAAGACUUCCUUGAUAUCAUGGGCCAGCCAAUCAAUCCUCAGUGUCGGAUCUAUCCAGAGGAGAUGAUUCAGACCGGCAUUUCGGCCAUAGAUGGCAUGAACAGUAUUGCUAGGGGGCAGAAAAUUCCUAUCUUCUCUGCUGCUGGCUUACCGCACAAUGAGAUUGCAGCUCAAAUCUGUCGCCAGGCUGGUUUGGUAAAAAAAUCCAAAGAUGUAGUGGACUACAGUGAGGAAACUUUUGCGAUUGUAUUUGCUGCUAUGGGUGUAAACAUGGAAACUGCCCGGUUCUUCAAAUCUGACUUUGAGGAAAAUGGCUCAAUGGACAAUGUCUGCCUCUUUUUGAACUUGGCUAACGACCCAAUUAUUGAGCGAAUUAUCACUCCUCGCUUGGCUCUAACCACGGCCGAGUUCCUGGCCUAUCAGUGUGAGAAACAUGUAUUGGUUAUCCUAACAGACAUGAGUUCUUAUGCUGAAGCACUUCGAGAGGUUUCAGCAGCCAGGGAAGAGGUUCCUGGUCGACGAGGUUUCCCAGGUUACAUGUAUACAGGUUUAGCCACAAUAUCUGAACGCGCUGGUAGAGUGGAAGGUAGAAAUGGCUCUAUUACUCAAAUUCCUAUUCUCACCAUGCCUAACGAUGAUAUCACUCACCCCAUCCCUGACUUGACUGGAUAUAUUACAGAGGGCCAGAUCUAUGUGGACAGACAGCUACACAACAGACAGAUUUACCCACCUAUUAAUGUGCUGCCCUCGUUGUCUCGGUUAAUGAAGUCUGCUAUUGGAGAAGGUAUGACCAGAAAGGAUCAUGCUGAUGUAUCUAACCAGCUGUAUGCAUGCUAUGCUAUUGGUAAGGAUGUGCAGGCCAUGAAAGCCGUAGUUGGAGAAGAAGCCCUUACCUCAGAUGAUCUGCUUUACUUGGAAUUUCUGCAGAAGUUUGAGAGGAACUUCAUUGCUCAGGGUCCUUACGAAAACCGCACUGUCUAUGAGACUUUGGACAUUGGCUGGCAACUGCUCCGAAUCUUCCCCAAAGAAACGCUGAAGAGAAUCCCUCAGAGCACCUUGAGCGAAUUCUACCCUCGGGACUCUGCAAAGCAUUAGCUGCUACUUCAUCGCUGGCUCGAUGCUCUUGUGAAAUACUGGUUCUGUUUUCUUUAUUCCUUUUGCACUCCCCCAUCCCCACCUUUGUGUUGGAGUUUACUGUGUUACCCUGUAAUUAAAAACAAAGAGUAGGUAACAUAUUGUGCCAGUGUUGCAAUGUUUUAAACUGCUAACAGACUUUAAAAUAUCCCCUGUUCAGAAAACCUGGAACUGCAAUGCUUUGUUUAAAGUAGCUGAGGGUUGGAGGUGAAGUUUUCUUACUGAUGUGUGUAUUUGUACGUAGUGGUGUAGUUAGCUGCCUAGUGUCCUCAUUAUUUGGGUCUCUCAGACCUUCCCUGUCCACCCCCUCCAGAGUAUCACUAUCUGAAGUUAUAAUGCUUUGAUCUCCAAACUAGGGACAAGAUAGGGUCUGAAAGACGCUUCCUCUCCAAGCCAAGACGCUUUCCUGAGCACUUGUUUUUAGAUUUUGGUGUGCCUCUGGGUCUGCUCUAAGCAGAUGGCUUUUACUGUCCACCUGCUGUUUCCUAUUUAAUGAAUAGAUUAGAAAAGGAGUUUCCUUUUCCUCUUUGG